AUGCCGCCCAUCCAACCCUGUUUUCUCGACGAGCAGGAGACGAUUCCUGUGCCAAGGACCUAUGCCUACGAGGGCCGCGUCCAGGGCUUCCCCCAGCCGAUCGUUGGGUCGUACCAGGCCCUCGGUCUGAAUGACAAUAAAUGCUACGAUCGCUAUGGGCGCUUUGGGCCUUACGGAUACGGAUACUCCUCGCGCUGGGGCGGUAUUGGUGCUGGCAUUGACGGUCUUCGGGAAGGUGUGCGCCGCCCUAAGAAGUUCAUUGAUUACAGCCGUGUGAACUGGGGACAUGCUUCUCAGAGAUGCUUGGAGAAAAAUGGGAACAGAUUCCAACUGCCACCUGGUGCAAAUGCCAGAUGGCGAUCGCUAGAUUCAGUAGCCCAGAGCGAGGGGAAGUUGAAAGGCCAAGCAGCUGGGCCGUCAAAGGACAAGUUGCCCCGAUCGGCUGUGAUGCUCCGAAUCUGGCAUGGUAUCGAGUGGAAACAAGAGAUGAUUCUCCACAUGCGAGCUAUGAUUGCUGAAUUGUCAUUGCUUUCGGGAGGCGAGUACCAGAUCUUCUUUCUCAUCAACGUCAAGGACGACACCAUCCCAAUCUGGGCCUCGGACGAGAUUUAUGAUAAGAUUCUGAAGGAGUCGCUGCCUGAAGAGUUCUGGGAAAUGGGCGUUUUAUGGUCGGAAAAGCAAAUGGAGCUAUUCUAUUACGGCCUUGAUGAAACAAAAGUCCUGGAGCGGAGCAUCUAUGGUGUCUAUCGCUCCGCUCACUUUCCACUUCAAUACUUUGCUCAUACGCAUCCCGAGUUCGAGUACUUCUGGAAUUGGGAGAUGGAUAUCCGCAACACUGGCAACUGGUAUGAGGUCUUCGAGUCCCUACGCUCCUUUGCACGAAAACAGCCCCGAAAGGGACUUUGGGAACGAAAUGAACGAUUUUACAUACCAAGUGUCCACGGCACGUGGAAUGAAUUUGUCGAGAAAGUAGAGGACUUGACUGAGAAUCCGCCCUCCAACACGGAGCGGAAGCUGCCAGUCUGGGGCCGGAAGGCCAUACCCGAGACUCCAACGUUUCCAGAGGAGCCUAAACCACCCUGCUCGUAUGAGGACGAUAAUUAUGAAUGGGGUGUAGGCGAAGAGGCUGAUCUGAUUACUCUCAACCCUCUUUUCAACCCAGAAGAUUCCGGCUGGGUCUUCACGGAGGAUACCGCAGGUUAUUACACGCGUCCAUUGCCUCGACGCAUUGCAAUCAUUACAGCUUCAAGAUUAAGUCGCCGCUUGCUGACCAUGAUGCACAAAGAGACCAGCCAAUUCAGGCACAGCAUGUUCGAUGAAAUGUGGCCCGCAUCGGUGGCUUUGCAGCACAGCCUGAAAGCUGUGUAUGCGCCGCAUCCUGUGUACAUUGAGCGGGCCUGGCCUCCCAGCCAGGUAGAACAGACGUUCAACAGUGGACCCAACGGUGUAUCUGGAUCGUCGUACGAUUCUCCUUUCAAUGUUUUCAAUGAACACAACUUCCGCGGCGUCACCUGGUACUAUCAUGCUGCCUUUCCGGGCAAGUUGUGGCGCCGCUGGUGGGGUUACACCGUCACUGCUGAUACAGGGAUUCAGGGCGGUGGCUUCGACGACGAGAUCAAUGGUGAGGGUCGCAUGUGCUUACCUCCCAUGCUUAUGCAUCCUAUAAAAGACUUCGAUCUAGGCCACAAUUGA